AUAUUACUAAUUGUAGCAGAUUAUCCUCACUCAUUUUUAUCAACUAUACGGGCUGAGUGGCUGAACGAUAGAUCUAGUAUUUCUUGGGGAAAGUAGCCUACUCUUGUAGUGUUAGCAGCAUAACUCCUUUGGUCUAUUUCUCAUUCCUAGUCUUUCCACUCCAGUAGACUCCAGGAUGAAUGUCCCUGUCUAGUCACCCCUUGGUAAACUGCCCUUGGUAAACUGCGUCAAUGAUGUCCAGCAGGAAUUUGGGUUACGAACUCCACCCCCUAACCGUAGCUACACUUUAUUUGCAGUAACAGACAGCAUUCCAAACUCUCAUCUCUGACUGCGGCGGAGGCUUAACAUCGAUCCGUUAUUUCUAGCUAGUAGAUACAAAGAACAUGAAGUACUAAGAGCACAGUAUAUUAUUCUCAACAACACUUUGGCUACAUAGCGUAAGGAUUUCUCUCAGUUGGACAUUAGUCUAGUAGGAGACUGACUGGGUUUACUGUCACUACAGAGGGAGAAUGGUGGAGGUGAGAAGAAUCUGCUGUAUCGGGGCAGGCUAUGUGGGCGGUCCCACAUGCAGUGUCAUCGCUCAGAUGUGCCCAGAGGUGACAGUCACAGUGGUGGAUGUUAACGAGGACCGUAUACGUGCCUGGAACUCUGAUAGCCUGCCCAUCUUUGAGCCUGGACUACAGGAAGUGGUGAUGUCAUGUCGUGAUGUCAACCUCUUCUUCUCCACAGACAUUGACAAGGCCAUUAAAGAUGCUGACCUCGUCUUUAUAUCUGUAAAUACCCCAACUAAAACCUUUGGGAUUGGAAAGGGCAGAGCCGCGGAUCUGAAGUACAUUGAAGCUUGCGCGCGGAGAAUUGCCGACGUGUCCGCUGGCUGUAAGAUUGUGGUGGAGAAAAGCACCGUACCUGUCCGUGCGGCAGAGAGCAUCCGGCGCAUCUUCAACGCUAACACAAAAAGUAGCCUAAACUUCCAGGUUCUGUCAAAUCCCGAGUUUCUUGCAGAGGGAACGGCCAUCUCUGAUCUGAAGAACCCGGAUAGGGUCCUGAUCGGAGGGGACGAGACUCUGGAGGGGCAGCACGCCAUCGAGGCCCUGAAGAGCAUCUAUGAGCACUGGGUUCCCAAGAACAAGAUCAUCACCACCAACACGUGGUCCUCUGAGCUCUCCAAAUUGGCAGCCAACGCUUUCCUCGCCCAGCGUAUCAGUAGCAUUAACUCUAUCAGUGCCCUGUGCGAGGUGACGGGGGCUGAUGUGGAGGAGGUGGCCCACGCCAUUGGGACGGACCAGAGGAUAGGCAGUCGCUUCCUGAAGGCUAGUGUUGGUUUCGGUGGGAGCUGUUUCCAGAAGGAUGUCCUCAAUCUUGUAUACUUAUGUGAAGCCCUGAAUCUUCCAGAGGUGGCGAGAUAUUGGCAACAGGUGAUAGAGAUAAACGACUAUCAGCGAAAACGCUUCUCUUCGCGGAUCAUUAGCUGCCUGUUCAACACAGUGACAGACAAGAAGAUAGCCUUGCUUGGAUUUGCUUUCAAGAAAAACACCGGGGACACACGGGAGUCUUCUAGCAUUUAUAUCAGCCGUUACCUGCUGGAUGAGGGAGCCUGUCUACACAUUUAUGACCCCAAGGUGAAAGCAGAGCAGAUAAUGCAAGAUCUGACUACGCCAUUUCCAGGACAUGACCCUGUCAGAGUUUCUCGACUUGUGACCGUUGUUACUGACCCAUACAAGGCCUGUGAGAAUGCCCAUGCCAUCGUUAUCUGCACAGAAUGGGACAUGUUCAAGGAACUUGACUAUGAACAAAUCUACAAGGCUAUGUUGAAGCCGGCAUUCAUCUUUGAUGGUCGGAGAAUCCUGGAUGAUCUUCAUGACAGACUCCAGCAUAUUGGCUUCCAGGUGGAGACCAUCGGGAAGAGAGUAAACCAGAGAAUGGUUCUCACUGCUAGUGGCGACAGACCAGAGAUGGCCCAACAGCAACCAUUGAAGAAAAUGAAACUUUGAGGUGCUGUAAAGGGGCAAAGAGUGACACAUCAAUUUGGCAAAGAGUGGAAAAGGAGGGAACACAUCGACGGUAUUUUCUACUGCAACGAUAGGGACAUUUCCUUUCAACGUAGGGCAGUCGUAGCAUGAAACCUUUUGUGUCACAUCACAAUAGCACGCCAAGCUAUCAUGAGCUCUUUUUGUAAUCUAUAAUUUCAGUACCCUCACCUCCUUAAUUGUUGGCUGGUUUUAAACAAUUGUGUUCGCUAUGAUCAAAGUUGCAGAGACACAAGUCUUACAUUUUAGGGAAUGCACCCUUUUUGGCUUCUGUUUGGUCUCUGUCUGUUGGUCAACUAUCAGUUGGGUUUAUGUACUUCUUGAAGGGGAGAAGUAGCUACAACUGAUCAGUGGUAAAUGUCAUUUUAUAACUGUCUUCAAGUUUUCUGCGCCAAAAGUAUUCCUGAAAAACCAAACUCUUUUUGUUUUAAAUAACCGAUCCCAGAUCUCUAUAUAUGUAUCGAUACUGUUUUUGUGAAAUGAAAUCUCAUUUACAUGUGAAUUUCAACUGAUAUAUGCAAUUUCAACUGAUAUAUGCAAUAUAUAUAUAAUAU